AACUUACAUUAUUGUAAUAGACUGGAGCAGAUUUAAGUGGACCAUUCAAGACCCUGUCCAUUUUAUCAUCAGAAGUAUCACAUAAGUACACACAUCUUAGCUUUAAUGCAAGCAAAGUUGCUUGAAAAUGGCAUGGGUAAAGUUCUUACGGAAACCUGGUGGCAAUCUUGGAAAAGCUUAUCAGCCUGGGAGUAUGCUGUCCCUGGCCCCUACCAAAGGCUUGUUGAAUGAACCAGGACAAAACAGCUGCUUUCUUAACAGUGCUGUACAGGUUUUAUGGCAAUUAGAUAUAUUCCGAAGAAGCUUGCGGCUUCUGACUGGACAUAUUUGUCAGGGAGAUGCCUGCAUAUUUUGUGCAUUGAAGACAAUAUUUGCACAGUUUCAACACAGUCGAGAGAAAGCCCUCCCCUCGGAUAACAUAAGGCACGCCCUUGCAGAGAGCUUCAGAGAUGAGCAGCGGUUUCAGCUGGGCCUGAUGGACGACGCCGCAGAGUGCUUUGAAAAUAUACUGGAGAGGAUUCAUUUUCACAUAGUGCCAAGCAGAGACGCAGACAUGUGUACCUCUAAAUCUUGUAUCACUCACCAAAAGUUUGCUAUGACUCUGUAUGAGCAGUGUGUGUGUCGUAGCUGUGGAGCAUCAUCAGAUCCUCUACCCUUUACAGAAUUUGUACGGUACAUUUCUACAACAGCCCUGUGCAAUGAAGUUGAAAGAAUGAUGGAAAGGCAUGAGCGAUUUAAGCCUGAUAUGUUUGCAGAAUUGCUGCAAGCAGCAAAUACAACUGAUGACUACAGGAAAUGUCCUAGUAACUGUGGCCAAAAAAUAAAAAUUCGGCGUGUUUUAAUGAACUGUCCAGAGAUUGUUACAAUCGGUUUAGUCUGGGACUCUGAGCAUUCUGACUUGACUGAAGAUAUUGUUCGGAAUCUGGCAACCCAGCUUUAUCUUCCUGGGCUUUUUUAUAGAGUUACUGAUGAAAAUGCCAGAAAUAGUGAGCUUCACCUUGUUGGCAUGAUUUGCUACACCAGCCGACAUUACUGUGCCUUUGCUUUUCAUACCAAGAGUUCAAAAUGGGUAUUUUUUGAUGAUGCAAAUGUGAAAGAGGUUGGAAGUAGAUGGAAAGAUGUGGUCUCCAAGUGUAUCCGAUGCCAUUUCCAGCCAUUGCUUUUGUUUUAUGCGAACCCAGAUGGCACAGCAGUUUCCACUGAAGAUGCACUCAGGCAGGUCAUCAGCUGGUCACAUCAUAAAUCUAUUGCAGAAAAUAUAGGAUGUGAAAAGCCCUCGAUUUCUAAGUCAGAAAAUUCAAAAGAAAAUGGAUUUGGUGAUCAGACAAAACAGAGGGAAAAUCAGAAAUUUCAAGCAGAUAGCAUUUCAUCAUUUAAUCGGAGCCACAUUCAAACAAGUAGUGGUAGAGGACCAGUUAAGUCAAGUCACAGUGAUCAAAGGGAAAAAAUAAAAGACAUUUCCAGAGAAUGUGCUCUAAAAGCCAUUGAACAGAAAAACUUACUUUCCUCACAAAGGAAAGAUUUGGAGAGGGGACAGAGAAAAGAUUUGGGUAGACAUAGAGAUUUGGUUGAUGAAGACCCUCCACAUUUCAAGACUGGAUCACCUCCUACCCUAAAUGGCUUUAGACAGUAUGGGAAUCCACAUCUAUAUCAUAGUCAAGGGAAAGGACCAUGUAAGCAUGACCGAACUGCCCAUCAGAGUCGAACUUCUGCACAAACCUUAAGUUCAAGUAAAUCCCAGAUUCUUGCUUCAGGAGAGAAAAUAACUGGCAAAACUAAGAGUGACAGCGGUACUGGGUAUGAUACAGACAGUAGCCAAGAGUCUCGCGAUAAAGGAAGCAGCUCCAAUGGCAGCAAUAAAAGCCGAAACCGAGGCUGGAAACCUAUGAGAGAAACAUUAAAUGUUGAUAGUAUUUUUAGUGAAGGUGAACAAAGGCAGCAGAGUCCAAGGCAUAAAUCAAACAUCAGUAACAAGUCUAAAUGUAGCAAAGAUCAGAGUUUUAACGAUUGGCCGAAAGAGAAUCCAAAGCAAAAGUGUUUAAUGACCAUAUAUGAAGAUGAAAUGAAGCAAGAAACGGGAAGCAGGACUUCCCUUGAAUUUAAUGGAAAAGUAGCAGAGAAAAAUAAAGCCCUCAGAGAAACUAAAGUUCAUGGUGACAACUGGCAGAUGCAAAGGACAGAGUCUGGAUAUGAAAGCAGUGAUCAUAUCAGUAAUGGCUCUGCUAAUUUGGACUCGCCUAUUAUUGAUGGAAAUGGUACAGUGGUGGAUAUCAGUGGUGAUAAAGAAACCACAUCUUUCAGUGAUCAGAUUAAGACAAGCAACCGAAACACAGAACGUGUGAACUAUACCUCCCAACAGAGCAAAAAUCACUUCGAAGGCUUUAAAAGAGAACUCAAGAACUUAGACGUAGUCUCUAAAGCUCAUGAGUUCCACCCAGAAUCACACCUACAAAUAAAAAAUCCUUUGAUAAAAAGGUCACAUAUACAUGAAACCAAUGGAAAGACAUUCCCUUCAUUCAAUCCAGAAAUACUCAAGGACCACACAGUCAGAGAGCAUACCCACCAGUCAGAUGAACAGAAACUUGAAAAAUCAAGUGAACCCAAGUUUUCUGAGUGGCUUAAUAAAGAAAAGUCUGAGAGAACAGGUUUGCUUUUUCACAUUGAUGAUAACUCUGGUUCUGGAAAGAGAGGGAACAGUAAUGAAGCAGUCUCACCAUCUUCAUCACAGUCUUCACACAUGAGAACUGUGGGGUCAAAGCCAGAAACCGCUCCCCUCAUCCAGCAGCAAAAUAUGAUGGAACGAUGUUACUAUGAGAACUCUCUACCCAGGGAACCUCUGGUUCAGUCAGCCUGUAGAUAUGACAGUUGUCAGAUGCCAAAACUUGUUUGCCAGAAUGCACCACCCCCUCUGCCACCAAAGAAAUAUGCUAUGACCAGUGUGCCACAGUCAGAGAAAAAUGAUUCUACUCCUGAUGUCAAAGUAGCAGAGACGUUUAAGACUAACUCUUCUAGUCUUCUGAAGCACAGUCCAAGUACAGCCUCAGAGCCAGGCAUAGACAUGAGUCCGUAUGUGAACAAUGAAAGAUUUAAGGAUACAUUUCAAGCAAAAGAGUAUGUCGGCAACACAUCAAACACCCCAUCCAGCUCUUCAACUAAAGAUUUUCAGGCAGACUCAGGUGUAGCUGUUGGUGCUUUCUGCCAGCCAGAAACAGACUCUAGUUCUACAUGUCCAAAUGAGACAGUUUCAUUAACUACCUAUUUUUCGGUUGAUAACUGCAUGACUGAUACAUAUAGAUUGAAAUACCAUCAGAGGCCCAAGCUUUGCUUUCCAGAGAGCAGUGGCUUUUGUAAUGAUAGUUCACUGUCUCAGAAUGAAAGAGAGCUAGGACCUGUGUUACAUAGUAGUUUUGGUUCAAACUGCCCUUCCGAGCAAAAACAUAAACCUGGUAUUCACUGUAAUAGAUAA